UCCUUCCAUCCCAGAAUGCAUUAGGAUACAAACUACAGGCGCGAAGUACAUUCACUCACUGACUGUUAUUAAUAUCGUUAAACCUUCGUCAACACAUUAAUGACUGAAGAGUUAAGAAGGCUUUGAUGGCUUCAAGCAGAAGUUCAGUUCUUAAAGAUGUGGUUGCCUAUGUUGAUGUGUGGUCCUCUGAUAAAAGAGCAAACUAUUCAAAACCUUUCAUCCAGCAGUUGGAGGAAAUGGGAGCUCAGGUAUUGAAACGAUUCAGUAAGCAGGUCACACAUGUGGUAUUCAACUAUGGACAUGAAGCUACAUGGAGGAAAGCUAAGAAAACUGAUGUCCGACUUGUGUCUGUUCUCUGGGUCGGAAGGUGUUAUGAUGAAGGCGUACAUGCAGAUGAGGAGUUGUUUCCAGCCUUAAAUGAUGAAAGAAAUCCUGUAAUGAAAAACAGGCGGCAUCGCUGCAUGGUGCCAAAAGAUACUCCUGUAAAGACAGUAGAAAAUGAUUGGCGUUUGAAGAAGAAAUUUGACAAAAUGGUGAAAGCUCUGCCUCCAUUAGAAACUCAUGUUGCAGAUCGUUCACCGAUCAUCAUCGAUGAGGAGAAUGGAAUAAUCUACAGCCCUGGUUUGAAAAGGUCAGAGUACAUGGCACAGCGCUUGAAAGAGAUGAAAGAAACGCGGGAAAACAUUUCUCCCACAGCGUCACAAAAUGCUGAUUCUUGCUCACCCAUCGGGCUGAAGCCUUCUCUUGGAAGCACACCUACCUUCAUUCAAUCUACCUCGGAUGACGAGGCUGAGGAUGCCUCCGUUGCCCAACCCGGUGGCUCACCUGCUAAGGAAGAGGAGAGACCAGCUAAUGCCGCAGAGCACAGUCAGCUUAGACCAGACUCUACAAAGCCAUGGCUCUCACCCUGCCACAAUGUGCCAAAACGGUUUUCAAGUGUGUCUAGCUUUGAUGAUCAAGAGGAUAAAGAAGAUAAGAAACAAACAAAGCCAAGAAGAAGUUCAGCAAGAAAAAAAGUAGCAGAGGCCUUUAGAACUGGAGACUUUUCACAGAGUCCUGUCCAGGACACUCCAGGCAAAAGCGUAACUCCCCAUAAACAGAGAAGGCAGGCCCAUGUCAAACCAACUAGGCCGUUACCUGAAGAAUCUGAUCAUAAAAGUCCAACAGUCAGGAAAGAAAAGCCAUGUACAGGCACUGACUCCGAAGUUUGCCCUGAUACUGUAAAGUCUUCAAACUGCCCUGCAUCGUCAGGAACAGCAGCUCUCGCUCCAACUGAAAUGUCUACAAAAAGUUCCCUAUCAAAAAAAACUGAACUGAGAACACCAAAACAAAACAGAUUAUCCUUUUCUACCUUGCUGCAAUCUCUCACUCUGUCCAGUGAGCACAAACAUGUUCCCUCGGGUUCCACCAAUGAAGAUAAUGAUGUGUUUGAGGACUACUUCUCUCCGGCCAAUCGUAAAAGACCUCUUUUGCCUAGCUUACCUAUGGAGAGCACCAUUAAGCUACCUUUUGAGUUAGAACCUGAGCCAAAAAGGAGAAAGCAAAGAAGAAGUUACAUCCUUGGAUCUGAAAAGAAAAAGAUGAACAUGGGAGAAGGUCGGUGUAAAAAAAAUGUGGAUGGUGAAUCUGGUGGAAGCGGUAGUUGUAUUCAAGGAGAUCUGAAACACACUCUUAUAGGACUUAAAAGUUCUGCCGUUAAUGUGAAUCAAGCAACCAGAAGAAAAAGCUCUCUGGAUGUUUCAAGCACCACUAAAACUGCUAAGGAUACAGAAAAGCGGAGAUCAGCAUCUACAUCAGGAAAACUGCCCUUCAAAGCAAAGGACAUCCCAGAAUCAGAGCAGCAGAAAAAAGCUGAUUUCACUGCAGUUUAUAAUAGCUCCGAAAGUGGAGGAAAUGAAUACUCCGUCGCAGCUGGUUCCACAGAGAUCUCCUCCGUUGCUGAAGAAAAUCACAAUAAGCAAGACAGCUUGAGUCUUCAGAAGAUGGUUAAUAAAACAAAGCCUCCGAGGACACUUGUCAUGACCAGCAUGCCGACCGAGAAGCAGCAGACCGUGGUGCAGGUGGUAAAAGCUCUGGGUGGUUUUUCAAUCGUCGACCGAGUGUGUGAGAGCACAACUCAUGUAGUGUCUGGGGGACACAGACGGACUCUGAACAUCCUGUUGGGUAUCGCACGUGGCUGCUGGAUCCUGUCUUUUGAAUGGAUUCUGUGGUGUUUGGAGCAAAGACAGUGGAUUCCAGAGGAACCAUAUGAGCUUUCAGACCAAUUUCCUGCUGCACAGAUCUGUCGUCUCCAGAGGCACCUUUCUGCAGGAGAGCACCAGCAGGACCUGUUCCAAGACCAGCCAGCCAUGUUUGUGUCGCAGCGCUCUCAGCCACCCACUCAGAGUCUGGUGGAGCUGAUCGAGCUGUGUGGAGGCACACCCUGCAAAACGGUUCGGCAAGCAGGUAUCUGCAUAGGGAAGUACAGCGGCAGGAGACCAGAGGGAAGCAGGAUCCUGUCUGAGCAGUGGGUUCUUGAUUGUAUAACUAAUAUGAAGAUCCUGCCUUAUGACAACUAUCACUUGGAAUGAUGGUGACCAUUUGUUUUAGGGUCAUAUUCAGUAUUACUAAUUCUACUAAGUAGGGAUUGAUUAGGCAGCAGGUACCCAGCAGAGCCAUGCCUUUCUUCUCUGUGUGUUGUUGACUUAUGAUCUGUAA